AUGAUACUAAAAUAGCUAAUUAAGUAUUAAUUCUCGAACAUUCGUCCUAUGAGAGUUAAAUACGUUUUGCAGAGUAAUCACACUAUGUUUAAUCUAAAUCAUUUUAGGAGUGCUUUGGCUGCAUAUUACUAUGCUAGAUCCAAUGGAGCCUCUUUUAUCCUCCAUCUGGACGACAUUAAGGAUUAAUCGGAUCACCUAGAUUUUAGAGAUCUCUAUACAGGGAUAUUAAAGUAGUGUAUUAAUUGGGACGAAGGAUAUCAAAAUUAGUAUGAAGAGGAGGGACAACUUGGUCCUUACGAAAGCUCUAAAAAAUUAGAUAGAUAUAAAGAAAUUGCUGAAUAACUGAUAAAAGAAGGAAAAGCUUAUAGAUGCUUUUGUGAUAAAGAAACUCAUAUUCAAUAAAAUAACUUAAUUUAUAAAAAUAACAAAAUACCAUAAUAUAGCGGAGUAUGUAGAAAUUUAACAGAAGAAUAGAUCCAAAAGAAAUUAAAUGACAAAGUUGAAUAUUGCAUAAGACUCAAAACUGAUGAACUUACCAGAGACCCAUAUAAGAAGAUAUUUUAUAAAGAUGAAAUAUAGCUAAAUCCUUUUAUUUAUCAAGCCUUUUUGUAUGACAUGAUUAUUUUUAAAACAAAUGGUUAGCCAUCAAAAUUCUUUAGCUUUUCCAUAGACGACAUAGAUCAAAAAAUAACUCAUGUUGUUAGAAAUUAAGAAUGGAUGAAAGACAUCCCUAAGUAGCAAGUUAUUUACUAACUUUUAAAUCAUUAAGAUCAACCUAAGUUUUUCCAUUUGCCGAAUAUGCUUGAUAGUAAUCAUAGAUACUUCAAGAACGAAGAAUUAUUUAGAUACUUUUAAGUUAAAGAUUUUAUUAAAUAAGGAGUUUCAAUUCAAGCUUUAGCUAACUUUGUCAUUACCUAAAUAUGGAGAAACUAGGUUGUCAAUUAAAAAAUCAAGUAACUCAAAGAAGAAGGUAAAACUUAAGAUGAAAUAUAUGCCCUUGAAUUAUACUCACCUGAAUAUCUCAUGAAUAGCUUCACUAUGCAAGAUGUUAAACAAGAAAGCUUUGAAUAUGACUAGCUAAAAUUGAAUUACUUCAAUAGAUACUUCAUACGCCAAAAAUAUAUGCCUCUUUUUGGAGACGAUAUUAGUUAAAAAUAAAGUGAUAAGCUUAUCAAUGAAUUUAGGGAAAUUCUCAUUUAGCAAUUAGGCCCUGACUUCUAGGAAGCUAUAGACAGAGUUAAAGAUAAAAACAUAGUGCAGAUUAUAGAAAUAGUAACUAACAGAAUUAGAAAAUAUGAAGAUCUUAGUUCUUACCCAUUCUUUUUUACUGAUCCUACUUAUAACACUCAAAGGGAAAAAUCCUCUAGAGAAUUAGUUUUUAAAGAUCCUGUAAUAAACCAAAAAUAUGCACAAGUAAUCAAAGAUAUGAUAAAUAUUUAUAAUAAAAAACUUGCUGACAGCUAGUUUGAUGAGUCAAAUAUUAACAAAUAAAUUUCUUAUUACAUUAAAAAUGUAAAUUCAAAGCUAGAUAAAGACGUUUAUUAUAAAUUUUUGAGAUUCACAUUAACAGGAUAUCAUUAAUCUCACGCUAUAGGUCUUGUUUCAUAAAUUAUUGGAAAAUCUGCAUGUUUGAGAAGACUCAGAAAUAUGUAAAAGCUAUUAGAGGAAGUACCCUAAUAAGAAUGA